UAUACUUCCCCGUUUGGCAUGUUUCCCUUUAUCCAACAAGCAUUUUUUAUUAUUAAUAUAUUAUUUAUAUGUAACUGUAUAGUUUAAGUAUACUCAUCCUUGUUUAUUCAUGUCCAUUGUCGUUAAACAACAGUUAUGUUUUCUUAUAUUCUUUUCCACAUUGUUUUUUUUAUGUAAAAGUAAUACUGUCUAAAUACUUAAUAAAGCAUAGAGAAGUCAGUCUUGUUAUAAAAGUUGAACAGAUAAGUUGUUUUAUUCGUUCGCGCAUGCUACUUGCUACAAUUUCAGAAGUGGGAUAUAAAGAACAAAAAGUGCAAAAAAAAAAUAAAAAAGUUUUUGUGAGAACAUUGUUUAAGUUAAGCAACAAGUGUGGAAGGAAGAACGAAAAUAAUUUAAAGUGAGAAAAGAAAAAAAAAGAGAUAAAUUUUUCUUGGGAACAUUGUUUCAAAUGAACAACAAGUGAAGGAGAAAAUCAGAUGAGAAAAAAGAAAUUUUUUUUUGUUCGUAAAUAACAGACUGCAAGUGUAAAAGAGACAAACGGGAAAGAUAAGAAAAAUUUUGUUGUUGUUGAGAACACUUUUUAAAGUAAAUCAGUGCGAAAACAAAGACGAAACAAGGAAAAGAAAAGUGUUGAAGCGAAUAUCGUGAAGAAUUUAUUUUUAUGUGAACGGAACUAUUGGAAAAUGGAUGAAAUAAAUCCAAACAAGUAUACGGCUGCGCAGUUGCGUGGAUGGCUUCAGCAGCUGAACUUGCCGACGGCUGGCACAAAAAGUGCACUAGUUUUGCGACUCAACGACAUACCGCAGAACGAAAGAGGUGUGUGUCCAAUCGAAGACAACAGUUUAGCGACGAAUGUAACUGAUGGUGUUAGUGAGUGUGAAUAUGAGGACAAUGAAACACAAGACAAUGUCAUUGAGAAAAGUAAACAGAAGAAAAUUAAUAUGAACAGUGUUUUUGAGAAGGAGAAUUAUUUGCUAAAGAAAGAACUCGAAAUUAUAAGGAAAGAGAACGAACUUCUGAUUAAGGAGAAUGAAUUUUAUAAAAAGAAGGAAGAGUUCGAAAAAUAUAGACAAACAGUCUUGUGUGGGGGUGUGGAAAUUAACACCGUUAACAGCGGUGGUGCGAAUGAAAAUGAGCAAAGUGCAAAUGAUAGAGAUGGUGGUGCGAAUGAUGACAGUGGUUUAACAAAUGAGUGCGGUGGCUGUGUAAAUAAUAGUGGUGGUGGAACAGUGAACGGAGUAAACAGUGGCGAAAAUGAUUGCAACAGUGGUGAAGUAAAUAAUAGCAGUACUGCAUAUGGUUGUAACGUUGGUGGUGAAGGCGUUAACAUUGGCGAAUAUAGAGAAAACAACAAUGAGCGUGAACAGAGCAGUAUUGUAAAAGCUAAGGAAAAUUCUGGUAGUGGUGGCAAUACUUCUUUUACAUUAUUGAAGGAGUUGUUGCCAGAAUAUGAUGGUUCUACCGCGCCAACUAUUUUUGUUGCGCAAGUAAGAAAUAUAAUGGAGCUGUAUUCAGUAGACAUAAGUACAGUGAAGGCAUUACUAAUGUCAAAGGUCAAAGGGAAAGCACAAUGCUGGUUGCAUGCCAAGUCUGAUUACUUACACGAGGAUCUGAAUAAGCUGCUUGACGAGUUAACAGAAUUGUUUGGAGAUAAAGAAAAUAAGCUUUCAAUACGACGAAAGUUCGAAUAUAGAAAGUGGCAGUAUAAUGAAGACUUCAUAACCUAUUUUAAUGACAAAGUUGUUUUGGCCGAGCGCUUGAGAAUUCCUGAAGAUGAGCUAAUAGACUACGUCAUCGAGGGGAUCCCUGAUAACAGUUUGAAAAUCCACGCAAAUUUGCAGUGUUUCCAGAGUAAAUCGCAGCUUUUGAUGGCUUUUUCUAAGAUAUCCUUAAAGGGACGUGAGCAAACUUACAACAAAGGAGAAAAGCGAGAAUCUGGUGUUCGGUGCUACAACUGUAAUUGCUUUGGACACUAUGCGAGUGAGUGUCAGAAACCAAAGAGGGAAGUGGGUGCUUGCUAUGGUUGUGGAAGCUUAAACCAUCUCGUUGCUGCCUGCCCAGAACGGAAGACAGAUAGACCCGAGAAUGCCUGAUGGAUACAGGGAGUCCCGCAUGCUUUAUAAAGAAAUCUCUGAUAUCACAGAGGAUUGGCUUGAAGCAUAUGAAUAAUGAUAAUUUUUCUUUUUAUGGCCUAAAUGGCACUGAAUUUAGAACUUUUG